GUCCUCCCUCUCCACGCUCCUCACAUCUCAUAGAGGUGUUAUUGCAUUAAGAAUAAACCAGCCAAGCGAUCAAAGACCCGAAUGGAGUUUGCCUUUUCACCCUUUGGCUACAAAUCUUUGAUUGGCAAUAGAAGAACACAGCAGACACCCGAAGCGCACUUUGGUUAUUUCGGAGCGUCGAGAUCUGGAUUCUUAACUUGGCGAUAGACAGCGCUGCGUUUGUCGUGAAAGCUGACCAGGAGUAUUUGGGUGAAUUACGAUGUUAUUGUUCAUCACGGGCACUUGAGCUGGGUGUUCGGGAGAUUUUUGGUUCCCCGGGCUCGCUGCACUGAGAUCCGGACGCGUUGAGAGCAGGGAGUCGGUGAAACGGAGUCCUCAUGGCGCAACGGUUCGAGGAUCUGGUCCAUUACGGAAUGGAUGCGGUCGGGAUCCCGUCUCCGAUGUACGGGGAUCCUCACGCGGCCAGAGCGAUGCAGGCGGUGCACGUGAGUCACGGCUUGCCGCUUCACCAGUACGCGCACCCCGCGGCUCCCGGUGCCCCGUCGCCCGUUAACGACGCGCUAAAACGGGAUAAAGACGCCAUUUACGGGCACCCUCUCUUUCCUCUGCUUGCACUAGUUUUCGAAAAAUGUGAAUUAGCGACUUGUACUCCGAGAGAAAGCGGAGUGACCGGAGACGUCUGCUCGUCUGAAUCCUUUGACGAAGAUAUCACAGUAUUUUCAAAGCAGAUAAGAGCAGAAAAACCUUUCUUCUCGUCGAAUCCAGACUUGGAUAAUUUGAUGAUUCAAGCCAUACAAGUGUUACGAUUUCAUCUGCUCGAACUAGAGAAGGUGCAUGAGCUGUGUGACAAUUUCUGUCACCGCUACAUCAGCUGUCUGAAGGGAAAGAUGCCCACUGAUCUGAUGGUGGAUGAUAAAGAGGGGGGAUCCAGAUCUGAUGGAGAAGAAUUUACACGCACUCCAGGCGGGACAGACCCGGCGUUCUGGAGGGAGGACGACGCUGCAUCUGUUCAUUCUUCUGAGGCUCCUGCAGCCGGUGGCAGACGCCACAGCUCACACAAUGGAGACAACAGCAGCGAGCACGGUGACUUUCUGGAUCAGAGUGUUGCCUCUCCAAGCACAGGAGAGGAGGAAGACCCUGAUAAAGAGAGGAAGAACAACAAGAAAAGAGGCAUUUUUCCCAAAGUGGCAACCAACAUCAUGAGGGCAUGGCUGUUCCAGCACCUCACGCACCCGUACCCGUCUGAGGAACAGAAGAGGCAGCUGUCCCAGGACACUGGACUCACCAUCCUGCAGGUCAACAACUGGUUUAUCAACGCCAGGAGAAGAAUCGUCCAGCCGAUGAUCGACCAGUCCAACCGCGCAGGUCACGGUGGCCCGUACACUCCUGAUGGUCAGCCAGUGGGUGGUUUUGUAAUGGACGGGCAGUCGCACAUGGGCAUCAGACCCCCAGCGGCUCUGGGUGGUCUUGGGGGAGUGAACAUGGGGCUGGAGAGUCAGUGGCACUACAUGUAAACAAACCCCUGGCCUCAGAGGUACGACACUGCACCAGGGAUUCCCCUCCAGUGAAAGCAGGCCCAGCUAACACUCAUACAUCUCUCACGUUUACAAUGAUUUCUCAAAGUCAUAAAACAGAGCAGUACACUAUAUUUCACAAGGAAAUACUUUCUUAGUGUUUCAUGUUUAUUCAAUGUGUUGCUUGUUGUUUAUUUGUGAAAUUUACUAGCAGUCCCUAUCCCAUAAUUCCACCGUCACAUGAUAUUAACCAGCCAGCCUGAUUAACUAGUCACUUAAUUACUCAGUGGAGACAGUUUAUGACAUCAGAAUCAGUUAAUGUCUCAACGCACAGGAAAAGAUAAAGUUGAAAGCGGCUGUUUUGAUAGAAAUGUCAGCUGAAUUGAUUUGUGACAGCGCCGUCGCCAGUACUGUUCCCUCAUAAAUGAUUUCAACUCUUUUUCAUUACAGAGUCAGGCUUUUUGGCGAGAGGCACGUACCCGGAGUUUUUGGAUUCGGAAAUUGGAUUGUGACUUGCACCACCAUGAACGGCCUUUAUUCAAAUAAUACCCUAAAGAAACCCCCACAGCUUCACUCUCGAAACGAGGCGCUGUGCUCAUGGCACAGACGCAUUCAAGAUGGCCACCAGGACUCGUGUUCCCUGUGAUGGGCAGAUCAACCGUAUCAGGACAGAGAGAAAACAAUCCAGAAAAAAGAAAUGCUUCAACACCUGGACGGAGCCGCUCUGGGCCGGGAGAUUCCUUCAUGUGACCUUUCACCUGGAACCAGGUGAAUCUUCAAGUGGCCUGAAAGGCCAAAACAAAGUCUCAUGUUUCAACUCAAGUGCCACCUGAAAUGAAGAGUCAUUAUUGUGCAGACAAAAGCCCGGGAGUAUUUUUGCAGCGACAGACAUCAACGUUACCCUACCACAGGCCUGCGUCACACUUCACAGGCGUCUGUAACAGGAGUUCUCGAUCUAAUCUGUGCAAAGCAAUUCAAUACAAAGCUGUACAUCUAUAUAAUGCUGUUGGAUGUGUCAAACGUGAUACAGGAAAGGUUGAUAAAUGCUGGUAUUGCCUGAUGAAUGCAACUAAAGGUUUCUCACACGUCAUUUACCGUUCUCAGAUGCAUCUGGACGGUCAAUGAUUUUGAAAGGUACUAAUGAUUGUUUUGAUUUUGACUGAUGUGAGCUGAGCUGUAUAUUCACACUAUGUGUGUGUGUGUGUGUGUGUGUGUUUGGUUUUUCAGUGAGUGUGGGUCUAUUCACAUAAAAAAAU